AUGCUAGGGAGCAUUAGCUACUUCUAUGGUGCAUCUCAAGUACAAUCUGAAAAGAGCGAAGAGGUUUUGAAGUAUUGGCAAGCUACACUUUAUACCUCUAUACCAUCUAGAUCAAAAUUCCCAAGAGGAUUUCUUUGGAAUGUAGGGUUUGAUCUUCAUUUGAUAACUCUUUGGGAUGCAAAAAUAUCAGAAGAUAUCAUUGCACAUUGGUUAGACUUGAUAAAUGCAGAAGGAUGGAUACCCAGAGAACAGAUACUUGGAGCGGAAGCAGAAGCUAAGGUUUCAUCUCAGUUUGUCGUGCAAAGAAACAAUAUUGCAAAUCCACCUUCUCUUUUUCUAGCCAUUCAACAUCUAAUUAAAAAUAGACAAAAUGUAGAGGUUUUCUUAAAGAAAAUUUUUCCAAGAAUGGAAAUAUGGUUCAAAUGGUUACAAGUCAGCCAAGCUGGAAAAAUACCUACGUCUUUUUAUUGGAGGGGAAGAAAUAGUUCCGCAGAAAUGGAAUUGAUUCCAUACACCUUUGCUUCUGGAUUAGAUGAUUACCCGCGUGCGUCCCAUCCUGACGAAAAUGAGCGGCACCUUGACCUUCGUUGUUGGAUGGCGAUGGCUUCGGGAGUAUUAGUGAAUAUUGCAAAAAGGAUUGGAGAGGACUCAAGCACAUACGAGAAAAUUAGUAAGGAUCUUACCGCUAACAAUUUGUUAGACAGUUUACAUUGGGACUCUCGAAACGGAAUUUUUAGUGAUUAUGGAUUACAUACUGAUGACAUAGAAAUAGAGAGUGUCAUCAGUAUAGACCGCCGUGUUUAUUCAGAGCCAGCAUUUGGAUAUAUUGGGAUAUUUGGAUACGUUAGCUUAUAUCCUUUGAUGCUAAAAAUUCUUGAUUCUGAUUCUCCUCGAUUGGAAAAAAUGCUGUCAGACCUAAGAAAAGAAAAUUUGUUAUGGACAAAAUAUGGGAUACGGUCAUUAUCUUUAAAGUCAGAAUUUUACAACACACCAAAUACAGUUACCGACCCUCCGCACUGGAGAGGAGGAAUAUGGAUAAAUAUGAACUACCUAAUUAUCAGUGGACUUCACCACUACUCUCAAGUUCCUGGUCCUUAUCAAAAUCAAGCAAGUAAUAUUUAUACAGAGCUAAGAAAAAAUGUUGUUGAGAACAUUUUCAAACAGUACUAUGAAAGAGGUUAUGUAUUUGAACAAUAUGAUGACAUGACCGGAACGGGUAGGGGGAGCUUCCCCUUUACUGGAUGGUCUGCUCUUGUUGUGAACAUAAUGGCAGAAAAAUACUAA